AUGUCUAAUGCUAACCCCCUUAUCCUUAAAAUUUCCAAUGUUUUGGGUUUCGCUUUGGUAUUAUUUGUAAACUUUGUCUGUCCACAACAUAAAAGUGACGAGGGACACGAUAAAGACAUUUUAAUUUUCCCUGCUUUAUGGGUUUUCAAAAUUUGGCUUCUUAUUUAUGGGUUGUUGGCUGGUUUUGUGCUGUACCAAUUCUUCCCAGCUGCUCAUGAUGCGACUGUUGAUGGUAUUAAAUGGUAUUACGUUGCUGUUAGUUUGUUGAAUGUCAGCUUCGUAGUUGUUUGGCAUCAAGGAGGAGGCCUAGAUAUCCUCGAAUUUGUUAUCAUCCUACUAUUACUCGGUUUUCUCUCUUUAAUCUAUUCAAACCUUAAUGAAUACCCAUCUAAAAACAUUUUCGAUCGCCUAUUUAUCCACUAUCCGUUUAUAAUUUAUACCGCAUGGGUUGUAUUCGCUGCCAUUCUUAAAUUAUGGAUUGUCUUGCCGGUGUUGAACACAGCUUUAAUAUCGAUAGUUGGGAUUGCCGUUAUUGGUCUAAUUGGUCUCCAUUUUGUUGAUUAUCAUGAUCGACGUGAUUGGGUAUUUUCGGGUACUCUUGUUUGGGCACUCGCUGGAAUCGCGUUGAAUCAUGAAGAAGCCGAGGAGAAACCCAUUUUGAUUGCUGCUUCGCUUGCUGGUGGGUUGAUUAUUGGUGGGAUUUUCAGAGUUUGGAUUCAUCAGGUGGUCGCAUGGUGGAGACUGAGAGGCGAAUUGGAUGAGAGAUCUCCAUUGUUGGGAUAA